CGAGACACCCACCCACACGCCGACGACACCAGAAACACAACAUGGAAAAUAAACAACCAAGAAUACCGGCCCUAAUGACACUACGACUGACGAGACCGACGACAAUAACAACAAACACAGAGAGAACACCACUACUACAAACACCAGGACAGGCCCCACACUCACACAGAUACGGACGCGACGGCACACACCAGACAGAGACCCGACGAACUCUACUACCGACACCCACUACACACACACAGGUAACAAAGACCGCCACGACAGUAACACACACAACAACCAUUGCACCCACAACCGCACAGAGACACUCACAAACACACACAACGAUGACCACACACACAAUUACACCCUCCGGACCAAGGCAAUGCCCGAAGUGCAACGGGCUGGUCCGGGGCACCAAAUACACAGAACACAUACAAACAUGCACACAAACUAACACAGACACACCACACCCACCACAAACUAUCACACACCCACCAACAGUUAUCCACACCACACGAACCACGGCCACACACACGACUACACACCCACCCACCAAGAAACAAACACCCCAUACAACCACACGCCCCACACCCACACCAACACCACGGUACACACCACCCCCCACACCGACCCCCCAAUGGACACACACCAGAUUCGCGAGACCACCACAGAAGACAGAGGACAGGAUCUUACAGACAUUCGCUAACAUGGACAGACACACAGAAUCGACACAGACAAAACAAACAUGCAAACAAUACACAGGACCACCCCCCGAGAUAAUAGCCAUAAUCGCAAGUUUAGUACCAGCAAGCACCCUACACGACGAAUUACGAGCACAUAAAGAAAGAUACUUGACUAGACGCGCACACGAACGCACAGACACUGACGAAACAGAAGCCAGCACCUCAACACACCAACCACACACCACACAUCAAACAGCACCACACAAAACACAACCCCACAACACACCAGACACCGACAGCGACACAGAUUCCACCACCUCCACCGCAGAGACAGUCAUACACAUCGAAACCACACACACAGGCACACUACAAACACAAACGACGGACAACGACACAGACAGUAACACCGACACCACCUCACUCACGGACACAGUCGAACAUACACAAACACCCCAACCAGCCACACACACCACACGGGACUCAAAACGAUACAAAAAACGAAAAUCAAUACGGAAACAGAAAAAAGAACAAAACAGGAAACACUAGACAAACUGACAACACCAAACGGACGGACGAACAACGACGCACACACAACACGGGACGCAAUACGAUACAAAAAAAAAAAAAAAAAAAAAAAAAAAAAAAAAAAAAAAAAAAAAAAAAAGGACAAAACAGAAAACACCAAAUACACUAACAACACCAAACCGACGGACGAACAACGACAGACGGAGGCCAAAGAAACAGAACACAACCCAAAAAGAGAGAAGAGAAGGGAGAAGAAACCACGAGCCACGAGGUACAAAGAACAACGCAAAAACUCACCAAGACCCACACCGACGAGAGCCACCGUACCAAAACCAAAAAUUCAAGUACAAAAUAAUAUAAGAAUAGAAUAAGUUUAUAUAAGAAAAAAAGAGACUAAGUAGAAUAAGUAGAUAUAAGACGACCCACAACCCACACCAAACACACACCCCGCAAAUACAACCCAACCUCCAUCCCUUAACCCCGACAGAUCGGAGCAGACAACACAAAGACAACAAAAAUAACAAAAGGAGAAUACACAGACGAAAGGACCACAAAAUCCGUCACCGAAACCGGCUCACCCUAUAGGCCUCGCCCCGCGUGGGGAGGGGGGAGUUGUGACGUUGCACCUAGAGUGCAAGUCACAACAAACCCCAAACCCGCGGGGAAGAGCCGAACGGGUGAGCCCUGUCCCGUCGGGAAAGACCCGAACAUCACCGAAGCCCCCCGACGCUCGGCAGAGCCGAGCGCGAGAAGCAGUACGAUCACGGCCGUAAACGCAGCAACACCGUCGACGCCAAGGAUACGAGCGAAAGAGAGAGAGAGAGAGAGAGAGAGAAAGAAAGAGAGUGAAGCACAAAUACACACACACCGACACAACCCCGCUACACGCACGCCGACGACUCCAGGAGAGGGAACCGGAGAGGCCCAACUACACUCCACCACACCUCGAUACACACACACACACGUUGACGACACCAGGUUAGCCUGCAUCCUACAGCCGAUCUGCUCCUCCCCUCGCAACACCAACCCUUUCGACCUCACACUCCCCGUCACACGAC